AUGCUGAUGUGGAGCCGGGACGAGUCGCUGGAGGCGCGCAACAAGCUGUCCGGCAAGUUGCGGCAGGCGGCGGCCGCAGCAGUCUCCGCCCCCGCACUGCACCCCCGCAAGGUGGCGCCGGCGGGGGCCGCCCCGUCGCGGCCGGAGGCGGGGGCCGUCUUCCACAACGACUUCGCGUUCGCCAUCGGCCUGGCGCAGUGCUUCGGGAUGUUCCCCGUUCAGGGCUGCCGCGAGCCGGACCCCACCUGCGUCAGGUACGGCAACUGUUCCCCAGCGGGCGCGCACCUAGAGCGUGCGUGGGGGUUCCGGUGGCUCAGCCUAAGGGUGCUGCAAAGUUUGGUGGUGGUGUGCUGCGCCUUGGUGAUGCUGGGAUUCACCCUCGCCAUGAACUUCAUAGAGGGGUUCACUUUUGAGCGAUCAAGUGGCGUGGCGUUCUACGGCGCGGGCUUCCUGACGAACGCGGCGUUCCUGCAGCUGGCGACCAGGUGGCCGCAGGUGUCGCGGCGCUGGCGGGAGGCAGACGCCGCCCUCGCCGACUACGGCCGCCCCCGGGGGCUGCACGCGCGCCUGCGUCUCACCGCCGCCUCCCUCAUGUGCUUCGCGCUCGUGGAGCACGUGCUGGCCAACAUCACGAACCUGGUGACGUCCGUGACGUGUUCGUCGGGCGGGUUCGACUGGCUGCGCCGGUACUGCGAGCGCGCCUACCCGCAGGUGUUCUCGCUGGUCGCCUACGACCACGGGCGCUGCCUCGUCUUCUGGGCGACCAACGUGAUCGACACGUUCGCGUGGAACUUCAUGGACCUGUUCGUCAUGCUGCUCAGCAUGGUGCUGGCCGCACGCUUCCACCAGCUCAACUCGCGCCUGCACGCCCUGCGUGGAAAGAUGCUGACGCAGAAUGAAUGGCGUCGCCUUCGCGAAGACUACGACACACUCUGCCAGUUGACGAGGGACGUGGACAGCUCCGUCUGCAACAUCGUGCUGCUCUCCUGCGCCAACAACCUGUACUUUAUCUGCCUCCAGCUCUUCAACAGUCUCAAAAAGACAGUUAAGACGUUGCACUUGGUCUACUUCUACGUGUCGUUCGCCGUGCUGCUCGGCCGCACCAUCGCCGUGCUCUUCCUGGCGGCCAGGGUCAACGACCAGAGCAAAGGCCCGCUGCCCGUGCUCUUCCAGGUGCCAUCGGACAGCUACUGCGUCGAGGUCGAACGCCUGAUGGACCAAGUUAUCUGGGAUGAAGUGGCUUUCACCGGCUUAAAAUUUUUCUCCAUCACCAGGAAACUGAUAUUAACAGUAGCCGGCACCAUAGCGACGUACGAGGUGGUGCUCUUGCAGUUGAACGACGUGAACUCCUUCAGCAGGACGGAACAGCAGUCCCUCAAUUCGACAGAACCCGUUUGCUAG